AACCCGACCCACACAGGUUUACUCAGUCACGCAGAUCUGGGUUGUACAUUCAGCAAAGCUGAAAACUUUUGCUUCACUUCCAGAGUCAGCCAAGUUCUCCUGCUGAGUUCUCGAUUCAUCGUUGGACAUCAGGGAAUCCACCUGGUCCAGGAUAAAUCCAGAGGUCUUUAGAGAUAAAAGAAACCGAUCCAACUUUUUCUAAGUCCAUUGAAAGGAUGGAACAGCAAAGCUUCUUCACUCACAGAAAAGCAUUGGUGGUGAUGUGCAUUGCAGUAUUUUUGCUGGCACAGCAGGCACACGCAGGUCCGCUGGUAUCACGGCUCCAGUCUGGCUCUGACCAGAUCCAAGACGUAAGGGGGGAACACACAGAGCACAUGCUGAAAAGAAUUGCCCGCAUGACCCCUCUAUGGAGGAUCAUGAGCAGCAAACCAUCCGGAGCUUUCUGCCAAAACAACUUUGAAUGCGCGACUGGACUCUGCAGGGAGGGACGCUGCUCUACAAACCAACGCCCCUCGUCAGAGCCUGUGAAAUAUUAGAUCCUGCAGGACGCCACCAGCGAGUUUACAUCAGCGUACAACCCCAAUCUGGAUGCAUUCUGAAAACUAGGAUACAAACUUUAUUUUUAUCUGUAUUAUCUGAAUUUGUAUUUAUAAAUAUGAGUAUUAUAUCUGCAUAGCUACUUGGAUUUAUUGCCAAUUUAAAAGUUUUAAGCCAUUGCCCAAAAGAAGAAGAUUUUUCUUUUUAGGAUGUUCAAGUUACUUUAGCCUUGAACUUCAUUCUACAAAUGAUGUGAUGGAGUUUUGUAUCCACACACCUUUCCUAAUAACACAGGGUUGGUUGAUAGUUCAGUUUGAUUCUUGUGAUAUAACAAUAAUGACCCCUAAAAAAAGAAAAAAAAAA